UAGCUCCUCCCUCCAGCUCUCGCGUCAUCGUUUCGUUUUCACUGCAGGACGUGCUUUCCGUAAACACCGACGCGCAAACUCAUGACUUGUGUUAUAAUAACUGGGUUUAGAGUCUGUUACAGUGAAGGGACACUCAUCCGGCUCUCUUGACUGAAUCAGUGACCUGUACCUGUUUUGUGAGCUUCACCCGCUGCAGUUAAAAGUCACUAGUGAGGGCAGCGAGACCAUGUGGGAGUCACACGCGUGCAGAAGAUGAGCCAGGAGCACAGCCCCGGUCUGAGUGUGUUUCAGCAUGAACAGCACCACGCAGCCCCCUCACACCAUCAGCGGAGACGCGGCCCUCAGCUACGUGCUGCUCCCCUUCUUCCUCAUCACGGCCCUCGGGACUGUUGCAGCAGUGGUGAUGUACAUAAGGAGGAGACGGAGGAUUGACAGACUGCGGCAUCAGCUGCUUCCAGUUUACACGUAUGACCCGACCGAAGAGCUGAACGAGGCGGAACAGGACAUUCUCUGGAAAGAGGAAGACACAAAGGUGGUCCGGAGUUGGAUGAGGACGUAUCAGCAGCGCAGAUCCCUGCUCUCAAAGGAUCCUGAUGCAUGAAAAAGCCUGCUUGAACUUCUGCACAUAAUCUGUGGACCUGGUCAAUAACUAGUCACUCCAUAUACGGUCUCAUCGUCCUGCAUUGCGGUGUCACAAGAUGGACAAUUCUGAGCAAAAAGUUACUGAUUUUCUGAGUCUAGAAGAGCUUUAGUGACAGGAGAAAUCUACAGGAGACUGAAGACUCGAGUGUUGGGAUCAUAUUAUUCCCCUCUGGUCUGAAGCACAGCGUUACUCUCUGAAUAGCAAGACUCAAGCAGGAUGUUGAUUCGCCAGUGUUAGUUUUUAUUUAUUUUAGCUGUAUGUUUUCUGCUGAGGUUCUGUGCUAUUAAAUCCUCGUGAGAGCUGUUCAUUUUACCGAGUGUGCAUGAAUGUGAUGUGCUCAACCAAAACCAAACUGGGUUAUCGCGCUAAACCGUCACUCGAGAGACCGUGUUUUAUUUUUCAUUCUCCAUGUAAGCUAGUUUGUCAGGUGACUCGCCUCGCUCCUCAUUCGUUUCCUCAGCACUGGAAGUGUCACGAGAACAUCUGCAUUAGAUUUCAGCUUCAUGCCAGAAUGAGGGUGCUAAACUAAGGGGUACCCCAACACAAAACCAGCAUGUACUCAGCCUCGUGCUGUUACAAACCUUAUCUACAUUGAAACCUUAUGAAUUUAAUGGUACAGUCUACAGACAAAAAACAGGGCAUUUUUCUAAAUAUCUUCUAUGUUCUGCAGAAGAUAUUUUGAGAAGCAUCUGUGUUUUGCCCAUACAGUGGCAGUCAGGGGUAACCAGAACUGUUUGGUUCUAGUGAGUAAAUGAUAAGUUUUAAUUUUUGGGUGCAAUGACACUUAAAUAGCCAAUAGCCUUUAGUUAGCCCAGCAAAACUGAUUACCCCAAGCAAAUUACUAUUUAUAAUUUAGGGUAGGAGACGUUCUCCUGCAUAUAUACACACACAUACACACAUACAUACAUACAUACAUACAUAUAUAUAUAUAUAUAUAUAUAUAUAACACACACACACAUAUAUAUGCGCAGUGCAGAAUCAGAUUUACUGCUUUUAACAGACUGUUAGGCAAACUACAGGCCAUUCAUUUCAGACAGCUAAACAAUGAAAUAUUUUCAUGCUCUCAGAUAUGAGUGCAGCAGCUCCUGCCAUCCGCCCAAUGCUAAUUAAUAAUUUAAAGAAAUACAGCCACACAAAAAUGUACGAAUCCUUAACUUUAUUACCAUUUUGAAUAUAAAUUCCUGCAGUCCACAAUAGAAAAUGCAGAGUGUACACAUUGAAAAGACUGAUCCCAAACCAGUUGUGUGCACGGGCACAUAAAAACAAGACAUCAGUACAUCGAGGGGGCAUGUUAAAAACCACUGCGUCAAACAGCCAUAGUACCAUCAUGAUCUACUAUUCAGGGGCUCAGGGCGAAGCAACUAGCAGGAUAUAGUUCAUUACAAACAGAAAGAGGGAAAAAAAAAAAAAACCGAACCUUCAGGUGCCACACUAAAUCAUUUUGUCCAUGAUAUAACAAAUCAAAAAGUCAAUUCAGUGCACCAAACACAUGUAUAGAGAAAUAAACCAAAAACACAAACCUAUAUCUCUACCACAGUCUGUGAAUAUGUUUUGCAUCUCUCUGACCCAAUGCAGUCAUUCCUGUGGUGUGUCCAGACGUUUCUAUAUGAAAAACAGUUUCUGUUCAUUGAUGCACACUGCUGUAAGCAAAAUCAGUUGAAAACAAAACAAAAAGGAGCAACAAAAAACCCACACUGGAGACAGCUGUAAAUGAAUCAGACACUGCACUUGGAAAGAAACAAAACAAACACGCUUGCCAAAGGCUGCACUGAGACCAGUUGAACAUCGUCAGGAAAGAGAAGAGUAAUCUGUCAUAGGCUGUUGUAAAGUGAGGUAUGAACGUGACGGUCAAGUCCAGAGUAGAACUGACCUGGUUGCAGUAUUCCGGGUUUAAUAAACCAUGUUUGUAGCAGCAUUAAGUUCUGAGAGGAGACCCAGUCACUGGACCGAUCAGCGUUCCCUGACAUGGAAUUUAACACGUCAAAAAAAAGAGAAAAAAAAAAGCAUGAAGAAAACGAAACAAAAAUCCCAAAACACAUCAAGCAAAAGCUGUCUGAGUGGACUGUAAUGGGACAGAAGUGGCACAGCUGGGAAUGGAAUGAAGUAGCAUUUUCUAGUUAAAAAAAAAAAAAAGUGAUUAAUGUUUGCAUGUAUAGUUCACGGAUUUGGGGCUGAAAUGCACUGCUGGUGUCAAAUCACUUGCGGUGCCCUUUUUGGAACAAGGACCAGUAGGCGGU